AUGUAUCAUGCCAUUAAAGAAUGGGGUGGAACUCCUUUUGGCUUUAUUGAUGAUGUGACUAUUACCGUUGAAGAUGAGAAAGUGCAACUUACUUUACCUAAUGGAGAACUUCGUGAACCCCAGAAGGAAGUUAAAUUGCUUGGAAUUACUUUGAACAAUCUGCUUGAUUUUAAAUCUCAUAUUUUGAAUAAAAUCAAUAAAGCAAGAAAAGCUGUUGGUGCUAUUUGGCAUCUUGGUGGCGUGCAAAAAGGUAUGCGAGGGUCUGCAGUCAGAUCACUGUAUAUUGCUUGCGUGAGACCAAUUGUUGAAUAUGGCUUAGAAAUUUGGCAUCAUAAAAUCUUGAAAGGAGAAAUCCACAAGUUGGAAGUGAUGCAGAACAUGGCUUUAAGAAGAAUUGUUGGUGCUUAUCGCACAACUCCUAUUGCGGUAUUACAAAAGGAAGCUGGUAUUAUGCCAUAUAGUAUUAGGCUAAAAUUUAUGGUGGCACGAAAAGCUAUUCGUUUACACCUAAAUAUUAGCAAAACUAAUCCUAUUAAUGGUCAUUUGUUAACAUUGAUUGAGAAAUCUCCAAUUGCAAAGCUAACCACGCUUUACAUGUUGGCGAAAGAUGAUAGAGACUAUAUGAUUAAAAAGGAUGAAAAACGAAAAUGCAAGAGGGUUGAACCUCUUACACUGAAACAACAACAAAAUCAGACGAUUGGAAUUUUGAAGAAACAAGCAAUGGAAGAAUGGCAAGAAAUGUAUUGGAACAGCAGUAAGGAUCUGUGGUAUCAUAAUAUCACAGUGGAGUCGAAAUGUACUGAUAAUCUUUCCAAAAUGGUUACGGGAGUGAUCAUGAAGAAAGAUAGUCGAAGGAUCUUGAGUAAUAUUACUCAGUUUCGCACAGGCCAUGGCAACUUUGGCGCAUGGUUUAAAAAGUUUGGAAUUGAAAAGGAUAGUUACAACUGCAAAUGUGGAGAGCUGGAAACAGUUCAUCACAUUUUAGUUGAGUGUCCUUUGCUUGAAGAGGAAAGAAAAGGACUGAAACGGAUAUCUCCAGAGAUGGACAUGUCGACUCUCUUAAACAGUUUAACUGGCUUACAAGAGAUUGUAAGCUUUAUCUCUGCUUGGAGGGAUUAA